AUGGAGGGGAGGGGGGGGGGGGGGGGGGGGGGGGGGGGGGGGGGGGGGGGGGGGGGGGGGGGGGGGGGGGAUGGGACAAGAGGGGGGGGGGGGGGGGGUGCAGGGGCUGGCGUCCGAGAGCGGGGGGGGGGGGGGGGUGGGGGGGGGGGGGGGGGGGGGGGGGGGAGGGGGGGGGAUGGGGGGGGGGGAGGGGGGGAGGGGAGGGGGGGGAGGUGCCGCGCCGAUAGCGAAGUACCUAAGAUCUGCUCGUCCGCACUGACGACGCUUAUCGAGAACAUGACUGGAGUGCACGAAUACAGACUACGCCCUCCUUCACUAGUACUACCUCAGACACAGAUCAUGUCGCUCAGGAUGCACAAAACACAUCAACUUCUACCACUGCGCUACACGACAGAAAAAUACUGA